AUGUUGGGUUUUCGCACCAGUGCUGAGAUUCUAACGGGGGCCGCAGACCAUAUGACUCGCGACCUGAAGCAAUAUGAAGACUGGUUUACGCUCGAACCACCCAUGCUGAAGCAAAUCACGAAUCACUUUGUCAAGGAGCUUGACAAGAGUCUUACGAAUGAGGGUGGUAAUAUAACGUCACCUGAUCGGCCUGAUCUCGACGCGCGUCUCUACGCCUGCGGGAUCGCGGCAAUUUGCAAAAAGAAGGAGACCAGCAAAUGCCAUGUCGGCGUGGAUGGCUCCGUGUUCAACAAGUACAGCGGAUUCAAGCAACGAGCAGCGCAGGCAUUGCGCGAGAUCUUCGACUGGCCGCCCAACGAACCGGACUUGAUUGUGCUGAUUCCAUCAGAGGACGGAUCCAGUGUGGGUGGUGCUGCGCUGGCAGCAGCAUUGGCUCUUGAUGGAGGUAUUGAAGGAGACAGUGACAAGGAAAAAGAAGAUUAG